AUGUCGAGUGGUCUGUGGCAAAGCAGAGAUGGCCAUGGCUACGCUUACGGCUCCGAGCAGUGGCAGUGGGGCAGGGGAGAAGGACCUGAGGCUUGGCCCACUUGGUCGGCGAUGGGCUCUGCAGCACAAGCAAGUGGACACAAUGGCAGCAGUGACUUGGCUGUUGCAGGACAAGAUGAUGCAGCGGAGGCCAGACGAGAGGCUCCCGAUCCUGGCUCUAUGCCGGGCCCUAGUUGGAGCCGCGGGACCACUCAGAGGCAGUGGGAUGGGGACAGCUGGCAAGGACGACACUGGGACAACGCGGGGUGGCGUUGGAGUCAGUGGUGGCAGCCUGGAGGUCCGAACACCAGGGGCGAUUUUUCAGAUCCACCUGCAUGGGGUGGAUGGGGCAGCUACAGACUUUGGAAGAGGUCUGUCAGGAGGUGGGACGCCAACACGGACGUCCCUGUGUGGAGACGUUUUGAGAAGCUUGCGAAGCAGAUGGACUGGGAAUUGCAGGCAAAGUUUGAGCAUGUCUCGGACCAGACGCUGAACUCGGCCGCUUACCUGGACGAGGUGCUCAGGAUUCUCGAUGCCGUGGCGGGUGAGAAGGAGGCGAGCGAGAAGCGGCGAGUGGUCAGAGCAGCUCUGUUCGAAGGCCAGCGCCGAAAGGAUGAGACGCUUUCCCAGUUUGCUUUACGAAGAGAGCAGGAGUUCCUCGGGAUGGAGCCGUACUUGCCUAUGGCUCCCGAGCUCAAGGCCUUCAUUCUCGAGGAGACUGCGGGCUUGACGAAGCAGGGCGUGCAGAACCUUCGUACCUUGACUGGGGGCGGCACGGACUACCACCGAGUCAUGAAUGCCCUGAAGCUUCUUGAUGUUGAGGAAGAGCCUAUGAUGAAGGGGAAAAGCACGCUGAUGGUGGCUGGAGAAGGAGCUGACGAGGAAGAGAGUGACGACAGCGACAUGGAGAAUCUCCUUGCAGAGGUGGAUGGCCUUGAUGAAGGAGAUGCUCUCGAUGUUCUGGCGGCUUGGGAAAAGGGAAGGGACAAGCCCAAGCGGACAUGGAAGGAGAACAAAGACAGGAAGUUGGCCGCUCGCAAGGACCGGCGAGUUUUCGGACGUGACGGUCGAAGAGGUCGCUUGUCUCUUGAGGAGCUCAAAAAGGUGACGAAGUGCGCGAAUUGCGGAGAGAAAGGACACUGGAGGGAUGAGUGCAAAAAUCCCUACCGACCUCGGCCGGCUGGCGUCGCAAGGCCGGAGACAGGAGCUCCUCCCAAGGCGGUUUCCUUCGUCUACUACGGUUCUGCCGAGGACGACCCCAGCUCCUCCACGUUCGUUGGGCUUGCUUGUGCAAUGGCGACCGCUCUCGGAGAAGUCUGCGAGGGCCCCCAGGAGAACCCCGAUUACCCGAUUCACCACAAGUUCACCGAGGUGAGGGACCGCGAGGGCUCUGGUGAGGUUCUCGAUUACCCGAUUCUGCAAAAGUUCGAGAAGGACAAGGACUUCGAGGGCUGUGGCCAGGUGAUGUUCGAAUCCCUUGAGGACCCCGAUUACACGAUUCACCGCAAGUUCACGGAGGCGAGGGACUGCGAGGGCUCUGGCGAGGUUCUCGAUUACCCGAUUCUGCGAAAGUUCGAGAAGGACAAGGACUUCGAGGGCUGUGACCAUGUGAGGUUCAAGUCCCUUGAGGACCCCGAUUACGCGAUUCACCGCAAGUUCACGGAGGCCGACAUCACUCGGGGCAAUGGAGCCCUCCUUCACUUGUUGAGAAGUGGAACCUUGAAGAUUGACGAGAUGGAUGCCGAGCUGGAAAGACGACAGAUGCCAGAGGGACGUCGCAGGGGCAAAGCCGCCACUAGCAAGCUUCUUCGCGAAGAAGAAGAAGAGGAGGGCAAGGCAUUCCUCCUCUCCUUGCCCUUCACUCUGGCUGCCCUGGCCUCAAACGCUACCAACAUGUGUAGGAUUGCCGGUGGCAUCACAGUGACCUUUACCGGCUCCGGCGAUCGGGGCUCCAGGUCGCAGCUACCGGCCAGGCUUUCGAGCGCCUCCCGGCUGGUAACGCGCACCCGCGAGGCCUUGCCGCAACUGCUCAUCCAGGGAAAUGCUCAGGAGCUGUCGAAUCUGGCAUGGGCUCUCGCGACCCUGGCGUGUCCAGAGCCCAGUGAGGCCCCUCUGCCGCCGAAGGCUGCAUCCCUCUGGGCUCAGCUAGGCGACUGCUGUGCAGCAAGCGUGGAGGAGAUGACCAGUCAGCAUUUGGCCAACGUGUCCUGGGCCCACGGAUCCUUGCGCCUCGCCAAUCCGGUCUGGUUUGCGGCCGUUUCGCAGCGCAUCCUGGCAGAAUCUUCGAUGCAGCAUUGGGAGCCACGCCACGUCGCCAACGUGCUUUGGGGCUUCGCACGAGUGGGACUGAAAUCCGACAUCUUGCUAGCCAAGUUAGAAGACGAGCUUUGCCGUGAAGAAGGCACUCUGCUCGCAACGUUCUCUGGCCGCGAUGUGGCGGCUGUGCUUUGGGCUUACGCCUCUCUUGAGGCGCCCAGGCCCCGCCUGGUCGGUGCGGCGUGCGCCGAGGCAGCGAAGCCUGGCCGUUUGCGAGGCUUCUCCGAACAGGAUCUGCAGAAUUUGGCCUGGGCCUUGGCCAUCUUCCGCCGCGGCGGAACCGGCUUGGACGGCCUUUCUCUGCCAAAGAUGCAACUUCAAAAGGCUCCCAACUUCGCUGUGCGGCCGGCCAAAGGCGGUCAGCUUGAGGCCGAGCUCACCACAACGCCGGAGAAGCGUAAGCACUUGGCUGCAGCUGCUGCAGAUUUCCAGGCCCUGGAGCAGCGCGAAGAGGCCCCGACUGGUUUGCAGGUGGUCUCCAACGACGCCUUAGCCGAGCUGCUGCAGUCUGCGGAGCUGGUGGAGCCAGCAGAGCUGACGAGU